AAGCCGUUGUCGUGACAACAACAUACGCGCCAAUCUGCUGCGUUUUUUACUAAAGUCCAAAAAAUAAUAUAAGAUAAAAUAGGCAUUUUAAACAAAGCAAAACAUGGACUACCUAGUGAUACCAGACUUUGUUGAGCGUAAAGGCUCAUUAUAUUUGCGCUCAGACCACAUGAACUACAGCAGAAGCACUCUAAACUCGAACUGGCAUCAAGCAAGGGAGGCCGAACCGAAAAAUUACGAUAUUAACAGUUUUCCUAUCCCCCCUGGUCGCAAUCUACACACUACAACAUACGCCAGAAUCGGGAACAUCACAGAUGGGUCCCUUCCCCUACCUACUACUAAAGCUGCUUUGGAGCAAAUUUCACUAAAAGAUGAUUUUACCGAGCAAGUCACUCGAAAAAAUAUGAUUGACGUGGGUUCUUUUGCAAAUGCUGAUAUCUCAAGAAACAUCCCUUCAGCACCAAAUUCAGGAUUUGGAUCAGUGUUGCCACGUCACCAUCCUGAUCAUGAUAAAUUGCAUUUGGAGACUACACACCGUGCAGAUUUCACUGCCCCCUACCCCUUUACUCCUGCUCCAGAAUGCCCUCCAGAAUUUGCCGAUAAUUCAGCCGCGUACAGAAAAUGCAUUUCCCAGUUCACUGACACAGCAGAUUAUCGGCGAGUCGGCAAAAACACUUGGCAGGACGAGUCAGGGGUUUACGCGAAUACCCACGAAAAACGAAGGGUAUUUCCCUCAACCAAUCCAAUUCCAGAACGCCUAACUGAAGGAUUGUUAUAAUUCGUACAAUUUUAUACACUUAAAAUUUUUUUCCACAAAGAAAUUAUCGUUUUGAAGAUAAAAUUAAAUAUUCCACAAAAUGAAAUAGUUUUUGUAUUUUUGAUAGUGGUAAAAAAAUUUUUCUGCCUUAUACUCUUUUCCCAAAGUACCGUUUUAGAAAUAAAAUAAUUAUUUUACAAGA